AUGGCCUUCUCCAAUCUCUCAGAUAACGAGAAGGACGCGUUCUUCUCCCUCCUCGAUGAAUAUUUCACUUCCCGUCCCGGACUCAUCGCCGGAAACGGCUCAUCCGAGUCUCCCUCUUCAGCAGGAGACCAACAACAAUCUGCAGGAUCCUUCGCGCGCAAUGCUCUAGCUUCAAACCCGCAAGCCGCGACGAAGCUCAUGUCCGUAGGACUAGGGGCGAUGGCAUCACAAAAGCCGACUUCGAAUAGCUCGCGCGCAACAUCCAUGGCCGCCGGAUUCGCACAUCGUGCAGUUGAAAGCAACCCACAAGCCGCAGGCAAACUGCUCUCCGCCGGCUUAAGAAACACGGGCUCACCGAAACCCACAAGCCCUUCACCCUCCCAACAGCACGAUACCGGAGAUGCACAGGACGAAGCGCCCGUCAGCGUCCGCGAUCGCAUUCAAGCCGCCUCAGCGCAGUUCAGCAAGCCCUCCGCACCACCACCGCGUCCCGGUCCCAAACCCGCGCCCAAAGCACCCAGCGGGCUGAACACGACGAAGACCAUCGGUGAUGUGAACAUCUCUUCGACGAAAGACUUCUUCGGUUCCCUGCGCGGAAGCACGGCGGCCAAGAACGCGCCCCCUCCCGUGGUGGCUACCACCGAGCGCGCGUUUCCCGCGAAGAAGAACGCUUUUGCGCCGCCGCCCACAAGGCGCUUGGCUUCGGACGAGUCUGUGCCGACUAGUUCUUCCCCAGCCUCACCUGCGCCUCCUCCGCCUCCUCCACCGCCACCACCCCCGGCGCGCCAUGAACCGGAGCCUGAGGGAGAGUGGGCUGAAGCGCUGUAUGAUUAUGAUAGUGCCGAGCCCGGGGACCUGAAUAUCAGGGAGAACGAGCGGGUGCUUGUUACCGAUCGCUCUGACGACGACUGGUGGAAAGGAGAGUUCAAUGGACAAGCAGGCGUCUUCCCCGCUUCCUAUGUCAAGUUGCUUUGA